AUGUGCCCCUGCGCCCUGCCCGGCCGCCCCCCGGCCGCGUGCGUCUGCGCCACCGCUCUCCCCGGCGGCGACCCGGGCCGGGCGCGCGGCUCGGCGGCGCAGCGCACGGCGGCGCGCCUCAAGGCCAUCGGCGAUGAGCUGCACGCCCGGACGGCCGCCGGGGCCGCGCGCCCCCCGCGCCGCCGCCGGACCGCCGCCGGACCCGGCCUGGCCACCUCCCUGGCGCUGCUGGCCGCCCUGGCCUGGCUGAGCCGCCGGGGGCGCGCGUAGGGGCGGGCGGACGGAGCGGCGGCGCCUCGACGGGCGGCCCGGAGAGUCAGUGGCACCGGCGGCAGGCUGAAGGAAGAUCUAGGUACUUGGGAAGUUCCCCCUGUUCCUGCAGGAUUACCGCGCCUGAACAGCAGAUGUGAAGAGUGGGGUAGAGGAGGCAGAAGGAUGCUG